AUGGGGGAGCUGAGGGCGUCGGGCUCCGGGUCCGUGGUGCUCCCGGCGGGAAUGAUUAACCCGUCAGUGCCGAUCCGCAAUAUCCGGAUGAAAUUCGCCGUCCUCAUCGGACUCAUCCAGGUCGGGGAGGUCAGCAACCGGGACAUCGUGGAGACGGUGCUGAACCUGCUGGUUGGUGGCGAAUUUGAUCUAGAGAUGAACUUUAUAAUCCAGGAUGCAGAGAGCAUUACAUGCAUGUCAGAGCUUUUGGAGCACUGUGAUGUAACGUGCCAAGCAGAAAUCUGGAGUAUGUUCACAGCAAUUCUACGGAAAAGUGUGCGUAAUUUACAGACUAGCACAGAAGUUGGCUUAAUUGAACAGGUACUGCUGAAGAUGAGUACUGUGGACGACAUGAUUGCAGAUCUCCUAGUUGAUAUGUUGGGGGUUCUUGCCAGCUACAGCAUCACUGUCAAAGAGUUGAAGCUUUUGUUCAGCAUGCUUCGAGGCGAAAAUGGAAUCUGGCCAAGACACGCAGUUAAAUUAUUAUCAGUCCUUAAUCAGAUGCCACAGAGACAUGGGCCUGAUACCUUUUUCAACUUCCCAGGCUGUAGUGCUGCAGCAAUUGCAUUGCCUCCUAUUGCUAAGUGGCCUUAUCAAAAUGGGUUUACUCUUAACACCUGGUUUCGUAUGGAUCCACUAAACAAUAUCAAUGUAGAUAAGGAUAAACCCUAUCUCUACUGUUUCCGCACUAGCAAAGGUGUUGGAUAUUCUGCUCAUUUUGUUGGCAACUGCUUGAUAGUUACAUCAUUGAAGUCAAAAGGCAAAGGUUUCCAGCACUGUGUGAAGUAUGACUUUCAGCCACGCAAGUGGUACAUGAUAAGUAUUGUACACAUCUAUAAUCGAUGGAGAAACAGUGAAAUACGAUGUUACGUGAAUGGUCAGCUGGUAUCCUAUGGUGAUAUGGCCUGGCAUGUUAACACAAAUGAUAGCUAUGAUAAAUGUUUUCUUGGAUCUUCGGAGACUGCUGAUGCAAAUAGAGUGUUCUGUGGCCAGCUUGGAGCAGUAUAUGUAUUCACUGAAGCACUCAACCCAGCACAGAUUUUUGCAAUACAUCAGUUAGGACCUGGAUAUAAGAGCACGUUCAAAUUUAAAUCUGAGAGUGACAUUCAUCUGGCUGAGCACCAUAAACAAGUGCUAUAUGAUGGGAAACUUGCAAGUAGCAUUGCUUUUACUUAUAACGCGAAGGCUACUGAUGCUCAACUAUGCCUUGAAUCCUCACCAAAGGAGAAUCCUUCAAUUUUUGUACACUCCCCCCAUGCUCUUAUGCUUCAGGAUGUGAAAGCUAUUGUAACCCACUCCAUUCACAGUGCAAUUCAUUCCAUUGGAGGGAUCCAAGUUCUUUUUCCUCUCUUUGCCCAGUUAGACAAUCGACAGCUGCACGACAGUCAGGUGGAAACAACAGUUUGUGCUACCCUACUGGCUUUCUUGGUUGAGCUUCUUAAGAGUUCAGUAGCCAUGCAAGAACAAAUGCUUGGUGGAAAAGGCUUUCUAGUAAUUGGCUAUCUCCUUGAAAAGUCAUCUAGAGUUCAUAUAACCAGAGCAGUUCUGGAACAAUUUUUGUCAUUUGCAAAAUAUUUGGAUGGAUUAUCUCAUGGAGCACCUCUACUGAAGCAAUUAUGUGAUCACAUCCUUUUUAAUCCUGCUAUCUGGAUACAUACCCCUGCAAAGGUGCAGCUGUCUUUGUAUACCUACUUGUCAGCUGAAUUCAUUGGAACUGCUACAAUCUAUAACACCAUACGCAGAGUAGGAACAGUCCUGCAGUUAAUGCACACACUGAAAUACUACUACUGGGUGGUUAAUCCUGCUGAUAGCAGUGGCAUUACUCCUAAAGGAUUAGAUGGUCCUCGACCCUCCCAGAAAGAAAUCAUAUCGCUAAGGGCAUUUAUGCUUCUGUUCUUGAAACAACUUAUACUGAAGGAUCGAGGAGUUAAAGAAGAUGAACUGCAGAGCAUAUUAAAUUACUUACUAACAAUGCAUGAGGAUGAAAAUAUUCAUGAUGUGCUGCAGCUGCUAGUGGCACUAAUGUCCGAACAUCCAGCAUCCAUGAUACCUGCCUUUGAUCAGAGGAAUGGGAUACGAGUAAUUUAUAAAUUACUUGCUUCCAAGAGUGAAAGUAUAUGGGUGCAAGCGUUGAAGGUCCUUGGAUAUUUUCUUAAACACUUGGGUCAUAAGCGAAAGGUUGAAAUCAUGCAUACUCACAGUCUUUUCACACUUCUUGGAGAAAGGUUGAUGCUGCAUACAAAUACAGUGACCGUUACAACAUAUAACACGCUUUAUGAGAUUUUGACAGAACAAGUAUGCACACAAGUUGUUCAUAAACCACAUCCAGAGCCAGAUUCAACAGUGAAAAUUCAGAAUCCAAUGAUUCUUAAGGUGGUGGCAACGCUGUUAAAAAACUCCACGCCAAGUGCAGAGCUGAUGGAAGUUCGACGAUUGUUCUUAUCUGAUAUGAUAAAACUCUUUAGUAAUAGCCGUGAAAACAGAAGAUGUUUACUUCAGUGUUCAGUGUGGCAGGACUGGAUGUUUUCUCUGGGAUACAUUAACCCAAAGAACUCUGAAGAGCAGAAGAUCACAGAGAUGGUUUACAACAUUUUCCGUAUUCUCUUGUAUCAUGCAAUAAAAUACGAAUGGGGAGGCUGGAGAGUAUGGGUGGAUACUCUUUCUAUAGCUCAUUCCAAGGUCACAUAUGAGGCUCACAAGGAAUAUCUAGCAAAAAUGUAUGAAGAGUAUCAAAGGCAAGAGGAAGAAAACAUAAAAAAGGGGAAGAAGGGGAAUGUGAGCACCAUCUCAGGUCUUUCCUCUCAGACAACUGGAGCAAAAGGUGGCAUGGAAAUUCGAGAGAUAGAAGAUCUUUCACAAAGUCAAAGUCCAGAAAGUGAAACAGAUUACCCCGUCAGCACAGAUACAAGGGAUUUGCUCAUGGCUUCAAAGGUGUCAGAUGAUGUGCUUGGAACUGCUGAGAGACCCGGGGGAGGAGGAGUGCAUGUGGAAGUUCAUGAUCUUUUAGUUGAUAUAAAAGCUGAAAAAGUAGAAGCUACUGAAGUAAAACUUGAUGAUAUGGAUUUAUCACCAGAGACACUGGUAACUGGAGAAAAUGGUGCACUUGUAGAAGUUGAAUCUCUUCUAGAUAAUGUAUAUAGUGCAGCUGUUGAGAAGCUCCAAAACAAUGUUCAUGGAAGCGUGGGUAUUAUUAAGAAGAAUGAGGAAAAAGAUAAUGGUCCAUUAAUAACUCUGGCCGAUGAGAAAGAUGAACCUUCUACUAACAAUACCUCAUUUCUCUUUGAUAAAAUACCUAGUCAAGAGGAGAAACUUCUACCUGAACUUUCAAGUAAUCACAUUUCUAUUCCAAAUGUUCAAGAGACACCGAUGCAUCUUGGUGUAAAUGAUGAUUUGGGAUUGCUUGCUCAUAUGACGGGUAGUGUAGAUAUAACUUGUGCUUCGAGUAUAAUAGAGGACAAGGAGUUCAAGAUUCACACAACUUCAGAUGGAAUGAGUAGCAUUUCUGAGAGGGAGUUGUCUUCAUCAUCUAAAGGAUUAGAAUAUGCUGAAAUGACUGCCACAACUCUUGAGACAGAGUCUUCUGGUAGCAAAACUGUACCUAGUGUUGAUGCAGGAAGUAUAAUAUCAGAUACAGAAAGAUCUGAUGAUGGUAAGGAAGCAGGGAAGGAGAUAAGGAAGAUCCAGACAACUACCACAACUCAGGCAGUACAGGGUCGAUCUGUCACCCAGCAAGACCGGGAUUUACGUGUUGACUUGGGAUUCCGAGGAAUGCCAAUGACGGAAGAGCAGCGACGGCAGUUUAGUCCAGGUCCACGCACAACUAUGUUUCGUAUUCCAGAGUUUAAAUGGUCUCCCAUGCACCAGCGUCUCCUGACAGACUUGCUUUUUGCACUAGAAACAGACGUACAUGUUUGGAGAAGUCACUCCACUAAGUCUGUGAUGGACUUUGUCAAUAGCAAUGAAAAUAUUAUUUUUGUACACAACACAAUACACCUCAUUUCCCAGAUGGUAGACAAUAUUAUUAUUGCUUGUGGAGGAAUUUUACCUUUGCUGUCGGCAGCCACAUCCCCAACUGGUUCUAAGACUGAAUUGGAAAAUAUUGAAGUGACACAAGGAAUGUCAGCAGAGACAGCAGUAACGUUUCUCAGCCGUCUGAUGGCAAUGGUUGAUGUACUAGUAUUUGCCAGUUCUCUAAAUUUUAGUGAGAUUGAAGCUGAAAAAAACAUGUCUUCUGGAGGUCUAAUGCGACAAUGCCUAAGGCUUGUUUGUUGUGUGGCUGUGAGAAACUGCUUAGAAUGUCGGCAAAGGCAAAGAGAGAGAGUGAACAAGACGUCAUUAAUUGGCAGUAAAACUCAAGAUGCUCUUCAGGGUGUAACUUCAGCAGCAGCAACCAAGACUCCCCUUGAAAAUGUCCCUGGCAACCUUUCUCCCAUAAAAGACCCUGAUAGGCUUCUUCAGGAUGUUGAUAUUAAUCGUCUACGAGCAGUUGUUUUUCGUGAUGUGGACGACAGCAAACAGGCUCAGUUCUUAGCUUUGGCAGUAGUCUACUUUAUUUCUGUUCUGAUGGUCUCCAAAUACCGUGAUAUACUGGAACCCCAGCGAGAAACUGCGAGGUCUGGGAGCCAGGCAGGUAGAAAUAUCAGACAAGAAAUAAAUUCACCGACAAGUACAGAGACACCAACUGUAUUUCCAGAAAAUAUUAAAGACAAAGAAACACCAACACCAGUUGAAGAUAUUCAGCUGGAAAGCUCUAUUCCUCAUACAGAUUCUGGAAUUGGAGAUGAACAGAUGCCCAAUAUUUUGAAUGGGACAGACUUGGAGACCAGCACGGGCCCUGAUGCUAUGAGUGAGCUGUUAUCUACUCUGUCUUCGGAAGUGAAAAAAUCUCAGGAGAGCUUAACAGAAAGCCCCAGUGAAAUUCUGAAACCUGCAUCUUCGAUAUCCAGUAUCAGCCAAAGUAAAGGCAUCAAUGUCAAAGAAAUACUGAAAAGCCUUGUGGCAGCCCCUGUUGAAAUUGCAGAAUGUGGCCCGGAUCCAAUCCCUUACCCAGAUCCUGCACUGAAGAGAGAAGCUCAGGCUAUUCUUCCCAUGCAGUUUCACUCGUUUGACAGGAGUGUGGUUGUACCAGUAAAGAAACCCCCUCCAGGUAGUCUGGCUGUUACCACUGUUGGAACUGCCACAGCUGGGAGCGGACUGCCACCGGGUAGUACACCUAAUAUAUUUGCUGCAACAGGAGCUACACCAAAAAGUAUGAUUAAUACAACAGGUGCAGUAGACUCAGGAUCUUCUUCUUCCUCUUCGUCAUCCAGCUUUGUGAAUGGUGCUACCAGCAAAAAUCUCCCAGCUGUCCAAACUGUUGCUCCAAUGCCAGAGGAUUCAGCUGAAAAUAUGAGUAUCACUGCAAAGCUUGAAAGAGCCUUAGAAAAAGUGGCCCCUCUCCUGCGAGAAAUUUUUGUUGAUUUUGCCCCUUUCCUGUCCCGAACAUUGUUGGGCAGUCAUGGACAAGAGCUAUUGAUUGAAGGUCUGGUUUGUAUGAAGUCAAGUACUUCAGUGGUUGAACUGGUUAUGCUGCUUUGUUCACAGGAAUGGCAAAAUUCUAUUCAGAAGAAUGCAGGACUUGCAUUUAUUGAACUCAUCAAUGAAGGAAGAUUAUUAUGUCAUGCAAUGAAAGACCAUAUAGUGCGUGUCGCAAAUGAAGCAGAAUUUAUUUUGAACCGACAAAGAGCUGAAGAUGUCCACAAGCAUGCUGAGUUUGAGUCGCAGUGUGCUCAGUAUGCUGCUGACAGAAGAGAGGAGGAGAAGAUGUGUGAUCACCUCAUCAGUGCUGCUAAGCAUCGAGAUCAUGUUACAGCCAAUCAGCUGAAACAGAAGAUACUCAACAUACUAACAAAUAAACAUGGUGCCUGGGGAGCCGUUUCUCACAGCCAACUGCAUGACUUCUGGCGCUUGGAUUACUGGGAAGAUGAUUUGCGCCGACGGAGGCGAUUUGUUCGCAAUGCUUUUGGGUCUACUCAUGCUGAUGCUCUCCUAAAAGCUGCCGUGGAAUAUGGCACUGAAGAGGAUGUAGUGAAGUCAAAGAAAACUUUCCGAAGCCAAGCUGUGGUAAAUCAGAAUGCAGAAACAGAACUUAUGCUGGAAGGAGAUGAUGAUGCUGUUAGCCUGCUCCAAGAGAAAGAGAUUGAUAACCUUGCAGGCCCCGUGGUCCUCAGCACGCCGGCACAGCUCAUCGCCCCCGUGGUGGUGGCCAAGGGGACGCUCUCCAUCACCACCACGGAGAUCUACUUCGAGGUGGACGAGGAUGACUCGGCCUUCAAGAAGAUCGACCCCAAGGUCCUCGCCUAUACUGAAGGCCUCCAUGGAAAAUGGAUGUUCAGCGAGAUUCGGGCUGUCUUUUCAAGACGUUAUCUUCUCCAGAACACAGCUUUGGAAGUGUUUAUGGCAAACAGAACUUCUGUUAUGUUUAAUUUUCCUGACCAAGCAACAGUGAAAAAAGUCGUGUACAGCUUACCACGUGUUGGAGUAGGAACCAGCUAUGGUUUGCCACAAGCCAGGAGAAUCUCUCUGGCCACACCCCGACAGCUUUAUAAAUCCUCCAACAUGACUCAGCGCUGGCAGAGACGGGAGAUAUCUAACUUUGAAUACUUGAUGUUCCUCAAUACUAUAGCAGGACGAACAUACAAUGAUCUGAACCAAUACCCUGUAUUUCCUUGGGUUUUAACAAACUAUGAAUCAGAAGAGUUAGACCUGACCCUUCCAGGCAACUUCAGAGAUCUUUCAAAGCCUAUUGGGGCUUUGAACCCAAAGAGAGCAGUCUUCUAUGCAGAACGGUAUGAGACAUGGGAAGAUGAUCAGACUCCACCUUAUCAUUACAACACCCACUACUCUACAUCUACUUCUACAUUGGCUUGGCUUGUUCGUAUUGAGCCCUUUACAACAUUCUUUCUAAAUGCAAAUGAUGGCAAGUUUGACCACCCAGAUCGAACCUUCUCUUCAGUAGCCAGGUCGUGGAGGAACAGCCAAAGAGAUACCUCAGAUGUGAAGGAGUUAAUUCCAGAAUUUUACUACCUACCAGAGAUGUUUGUCAACAGUAAUGGCUAUAAUCUGGGAAUCAGGGAAGACGAAAUUGUCGUGAAUGAUGUUGAUCUCCCUCCAUGGGCCAAGAAGCCCGAAGACUUCGUCCGUAUCAACAGGAUGGCCCUGGAAAGUGAGUUUGUAUCAUGUCAACUUCAUCAGUGGAUUGACCUUAUAUUUGGCUACAAGCAACGAGGACCAGAAGCAGUGCGUGCACUCAAUGUUUUCCACUACCUAACAUAUGAAGGCUCUGUGAACCUGGACAGUAUCACUGAUCCUGUCCUCAGGGAGGCCAUGGAGGCGCAGAUACAGAACUUUGGACAGACGCCAUCGCAGUUGCUCAUUGAGCCCCAUCCACCUCGGAGCUCUGCCAUGCACCUGUGUUUCCUUCCACAGAGCCCCCUCAUGUUUAAAGAUCAGAUGCAGCAGGAUGUCAUAAUGGUGCUGAAGUUCCCCUCAAAUUCCCCUGUCACACAUGUGGCAGCCAACACACUGCCCCACCUGACCAUUCCUGCCGUGGUGACCGUCACUUGCAGCAGGCUGUUUGCAGUCAAUCGGUGGCACAACACAGUAGGCCUUCGGGGAGCCCCAGGAUAUUCUUUGGAUCAAGCCCAUCAUCUUCCAAUUGAAAUGGAUCCAUUGAUUGCCAAUAACUCUGGUGUGAACAAACGGCAGAUCACAGACCUUGUGGAUCAGAGCAUCCAGAUCAAUGCACAUUGCUUCGUGGUCACAGCAGAUAACCGCUACAUUCUUAUCUGUGGUUUCUGGGACAAGAGCUUUCGAGUUUAUUCUACAGAGACAGGAAAAUUAACUCAGAUUGUGUUUGGCCACUGGGAUGUCGUGACUUGCCUUGCCAGAUCGGAGUCCUAUAUUGGGGGUGAUUGCUACAUUGUGUCUGGGUCUCGCGAUGCUACAUUGUUGCUUUGGUACUGGAGUGGCCGACAUCACAUUAUAGGCGACAAUCCAAACAGCAGUGAUUAUCCAGCUCCUCGCGCUGUUCUAACUGGCCACGACCAUGAAGUUGUCUGCGUGUCAGUCUGUGCAGAGCUGGGACUUGUUAUCAGUGGUGCUAAAGAAGGUCCUUGCCUAGUGCACACAAUUACUGGAGAUUUGCUGAGAGCCCUGGAAGGAACAGAAAACUGCUUGUAUCCUCGCUUAAUUUCAGUAUCUAGUGAAGGUCACUGCAUCAUCUACUAUGAACGAGGACGGUUCAGCAAUUUCAGCAUUAAUGGCAAACUCUUAGCUCAGAUGGAGAUCAACGAUUCAACCAGGGCCAUCCUGCUGAGCAGUGAUGGGCAGAACCUGGUGACAGGAGGAGACAACGGUGUAGUGGAAGUAUGGCAGGCCUGUGACUUCAAGCAGCUCUAUAUUUACCCUGGCUGUGAUGCUGGCAUAAGAGCUAUGGAUCUGUCUCAUGAUCAGAGAACUCUGAUUACUGGCAUGGCUUCUGGAAGCAUCGUAGCUUUUAACAUAGAUUUUAACCGGUGGCAUUAUGAACAUCAGAACAGAUACUGAAACUGAAUGAAGAACUGAAAGCCCAGGUAAAGCUGAGAGCACAAGUGCUGCAAUGAAAGGUGUAGUCUCUGGUGGAAAACCACGUCUGCAUUGACCUCCGUUGUACAUUCCAUUACACCCAGCAAUAGCUGUACAUUGUAGUCAGCAACCAUUUUACUUUGUGUGUUUUUUCACAACUGAACACCAGCUGCUGAGAAGCAAGCUUGUAUCAUGUAAAUUAUAUGAAUUAGGAAAUGUUUUGGUAAUUAUUUCAUAUAUCUUUCUUUAUUGAGAAAAGGUAGUAGGAUGCGCCACAAGAGACUUUUGAAAAUUCUGGGGAAUCUUGUGUCCAGUUAUUUCAAUGUUUAGGCUUUAAACCUAACAUGCAUCCCAUCUCCAGCCUCUUUUCAAGCUGAGAUUAAAAAAAAUAUGUUUGAUACUUUGUACAUCAGAUGCACAUCUUAACUUUAAAGGGAUACUUUUGUAAAAGUAAAACCUUGUAUAAAGAACAAAACUGUUUCUUAAUUUUAUUGUGGAGUUACAACUUGCAUGUACUUUAAACCUGGUGUCUUGAAGGAACAGGUGCAUUCACACAAAUCAGACUGGAGAUCUGCCUAAGGGUACAGCUUGUUUUAAAGGGUUGAAUUUGGGAGCAAACAGUAAUUUUGACAUUUCUACCCACACGUUUUUCACUUUUUGAAUCUAAAGUUUACCCCUAUGAAGUGGAGUUCUGCUCAUGAAGCAUUUGGAUAAAAAGCCAUCAUUUGCCAUAUUUAUACUUUAAACAAUAGAAAUCAAUUUUCUCCCUUUUAAAUUCAAAAACUAGACAGAAAGGGAGCAAAGAGGGAAAUUCAGUUUAAUGCUUUGUAGUGCUUAAUGACUCCCAAUACAGACAAAGUGCUAUACUUCUGGAUUAUUAAUAUUUGGCCUACAAAUCACGGGCAAGAGAGCCCUCAUUGAUUUUUUACCUUAUUUGUCCUCUAAGGAGCUGAGCCUUAGUUUCAUUGUAAAGGUGACUGAGGUUGUUCUUUUCAGUUCUUCUGAAAAUCUCACCUGAAGCCACUCAGAUUAAGGCACUUCAUCUUUUACAAUACUGUAAUGAUAAUUAUCGGAAUAAUUUUCUGCACAUUGUACUGAUCAAAUUACACACCCAGGGGUAUAUACACUUUAAUUCAUGUUUCUUCUUUGUAUAUUUGGUGACUGUAUUGUCAUAGAUGUACAUAUUGUGUCGGUAGGGCUAUGAGGCAUGUAACAGGAAUGUAAUUUUCUCAGAAUUUACACUCACUUGCAGUCAUUUAUUUAAAAAGAUAAUGGAUUCUUUGUAUUGGCACUUUGCACCAGAAACAUAUCAUUAUUUAUUGAUGUGAUUACUUAUUUGUUAUUCACCUUGUAUUAGUAAGUUUAGCACUAAAUUUCCUUCUUCAUUGUUGUUUGUAUUUAUAAGAUUCGGCAAUCAUGGGGAUCAGCGUAAUGAUUAAGUUAUUCAUCACCUGUCUGUAAGCAAUAUCUUGAGUUCGUAGCUUAGAAUUGGGAGACUAUUGAACAUCUGGAAGACAAGUUCAUUUCAUCUUGGGAUCAUGGUGAAAUAUUUUGGAUAUAUAAAUUCCUUAAGCUAUUGUAACCAUGUUUUAUUGCAAACAUGUAAAAUAUGCCAGAUGUGUGUGAGUUGGAAAUCAAAAGAAAAAUAAAAUAUGCAAAGAAUUCA